CAUUUUUCUUUCAACCUUCAUCUCCAGAUCUUGACCUUUGCCAUGUACUCAUCCGGAACGCCUCCACAUAAACGUGCACGACGCGAUUCUGGCUCAGGUGCCAAUGGGAGCGCGUCUUCAUCGUUGCCACCACUGUCCCUUUCCAUCCUUGGCGUUGAACCACUAGAUGAAUUCAUCAAGGAAAUAGCAGAUUUCAUCCACCAUAUGAUCAUGACGAGACCGAACAUACCUGGAAAUAUUGAGGUGGAGGCCAAGGUGGGAGUUUUGCGGGACAACGACCGAGGCGCACGGCUCAUGCUGCCUGUGCUGGUGGAGACAAUUCUCGCGCCUGAUUCUGUGGACUGUCGGUUCGAAUCUAAUAUGACUGCGCACCAGCACAAGCACUACAACACCCUCCUCAAUAACCUGAAGACUUCAACUACGACGGGCGCUUCGAUGGACUACCACCAUCUAUACUACGUUGACACGUUCUACAUGGGGGAUAACAAGGAAAAAAUCCGCGUCACUCGUGAUGAGAAGACAGGAAACGUCGUAGAGUGUAUACGGAAAAUCAAGCUUGGAACGCUUAAUAUCUACAGUCCUAAGCGGGCGGCGGAUUGGAGGGUGACGGUGAAUCUCGAGGUGCCGGAACCACAUCCGGUGGGAUCUUCGACGAUGACAAGGCGGAAGGACCGGAUGAACUACACUCAUGAGGAGUUUGCUAUUGACCUGACACAGGUCACCAAGUCGAGUGCAUCUGGACCGCCAGAGAUCCUACACGAACUCGAGCUCGAGAUCGCCCGCUCAGAGUUUCUACUUUCAGCGGCUGCUCAUCGCGGGGAUCCCAACGUUUCGGAAUCAGAAAGGUUCGCGUUUGACGAGCUCAUACGGGCGUUUGUCAAUAAUGCAAGGAUAUUGGUCCGGAACUCUAUGGCUACCGACGGAUGGCAUUGA